AUGGCGUCUCGAGUUCAAGAAAAUACGCCAUACCACCGAUUGGGAACAGAACAGUGGCCAGGGCCGUUCAGUCUUUCAAACGUGUCUACUGCGACAGAUGAUGUUAUAGCUAGGCACAUUCAAUCAAUUGACGCUACAGAGUGCGACCUUUACAGCGAAGAUGGCGUCUGGAUUGUGGACUUUGCCAUAAUUCGAAAUCAAUUAGAAAUAUGGGAGCGCCUACUACCCCGAGUCAAGAUGUUUUACGCUGUAAAAACGAACCCAAACCCUCGCCUCCUCAAAUACCUAGUAAACCACCCUAUGAAGAUCGGGUUCGACUGCGCAAGCCACACCGAAGUCGCCGAAAUCCUCUCCCUCUCCGUUUCUUCAGACGACAUAAUAUACGCCAACCCUUGUAAAGCCCCCAGCCACAUCCGCUAUGCUUCCACAAAGAACGUUAAGAAGAUGACAUUCGAUAACACCACCGAAUUGUAUAAAAUCAAAGCUCACUUUCCGGACGCUGAAUGCAUCCUUCGAUUCAAAGCCCACGACCCAACACCUAGCAACAAUCCCUCCGAAGGAGCGUUAUACGAGUUGAGCAAAAAAUAUGGCGUUACAAUCGACUAUUCUCGUGAGAUACUGUUGCAGGCUAAGAAAUUGGGGUUGAACGUUAUCGGUCUUGCGUUCCACGUUGGUUCGGGACAACGGAACGUUAGAACCUAUACACACCAUAUCGAAGAAGCGAGGAGGAUCUGGGAAAUUGCGAGAGAAGUAGGGUAUACAUUCACAGUCCUCGACAUAGGUGGUGGAUUUAUGUAUAGCAACUUCGAAGAAGCUGCUAGCGCUGUUAAUACCGCGUUGGAUAAUGAAUUCGGGGAUAUGAUCGAGCAAGGUGGGAUAGAUAUUGUGGCGGAACCGGGGAGGUAUGUGUCCGCACCGGCGUUCACCUUAGUGACGAGCGUUAUUGCUAUGAGGGAGGGAAAAGAAGAAACGGGUGAGAAGAGAAUGGUUUAUAUUGCGGAUGGGCUGUACUCGAAUAUCAAUGCGGCUUUUUGGCCUGGAGAGUUGACCUAUCCAACGGUAGUGAAAGGGAGAAGGGCUUAUACCGCAAAAUCUACACUACCUACAAGCUCGGCAAGCAGUGAUAGCGGAAUUGAAGUUGAAGAAGAGGAUAAUGGAAGCAUGGAUCAGGAAGGAGGAUUUUCUACGUUUAUGAGGGGGGGUUUACAGGAAUACUCGGUUUGGGGGCCGACUUGUGAUUGUAUGGAUAUUGUUAUAGAGGAUGCCGUACUUCCCAAGGGAAUUGAAGUUGGAGAUUGGUUUGUGUUCAAGGACCUAGGAGCGUAUUCGUUUAGUAUGAGGACGACAUUCAACGGCUUCCGGACAAGCCACAAAAUUUAUUAUAUUAACGAAGGAGUUGAUAUUGAUGUAAUAUAA